UGACAUUGCUUAUAGAACUAACAGAACCGGGAGAGCACGAAGACAGAUCACAAUGAAGCCGGCAGUGGACGAACAUGUCGAGAAGGUGGUGGAGAAGACUCACUUCAAGCCGCGGCACCCGCACACGGUGAAGUACAUCGAGCGGAAGCUCGAGGAGAAGGGCCUGCUCCGCCAGGAGCGCCAUCCCGUGGACGGCCUAGGUGGCAUCAGGCGGCCUGCGCCAAAGUCUGGCCACGGCGGGAAGUACACCUGGGAGGGCCCAGAAGAUGUGGCCGAGAGCGAGCUCGCCCCGACCCCGCCAGCCCUGGAUGAGCGGGAUCCGAACUUCGUCGACGAGGAGACCGAGGAGAAGAUCGUGAGGGGCGAAGAUGAGGAGGUCGAGGGCUACGUGGUUGGCGAGGUCGAGGUCCCCAAGGCUGAGGAGGUCGGGGUCGCUAGGGUCGACGUUGAUCCUCACUUGAAGACCAAUUAAUCGACUGAUGAAGAAGCCGGCGGAGCCCCGUGGUUUUUGCUGUUGAUAUCCAUAGAUGCUUGUGUUGUGACUGGGUGCUUUGUGUCAUUAUUAACUGAUGUAGCAUAAAAAUGUACUGUGAACACCUACAUAAUAAUAUCGACUGAUUUGCUCGAUUUACAGCA